ACAAAAAUAAAAACAUAACGCAAGGCACACCACUUCCUUGGACCAUCUCCAUUAACGUGAAAAUUUGGGUGUGGAAUACCACUUACUCUACAAUAACGUGAAAACAGAAAUCAUAAAACUGUUUGAUUGCUAAUUAAAAGAAAAUGCUGGAAAUUGAUAAUCAUAAAUAGAAUGACUUUAUUAUGGUAACAUGUAUGUCACCGUAACAUGUACUUUUCGGUCGAUCUAAUAUAGGAUUAGGUCGACUUAAUUUGUUGUUUCAAAUAGUGGAGAGGUGUAGGAACUUCAUGAGUUUAGCUUCUGUUUUUUGUUGUUAUGUGGUUUUCGAUUUCAUGAAGUGUGUUUUCUGUGAACAAUUAUGAAAUGUGUUUUAUUAUAUUUCUUAUUAGUGUAUUACGUUGUUAUGUUAAAAAGUUAUGGGCCCUUGCUAUCAUGAUCUAAGACUGAUUCCAAUGACUAUCAAACGUAAUUUGAACGAUAAAACGAACCACCCACAUCGACAUACAUAUGCAAAUAUGUCGAAGGUCAUAGGCUAAAUUUCCUUAAUUCGAUCGACCUUUUACUGUAUUCGGUCAACCUCGAGACCAAAACUUGAUCUUCAUUUCACGUAAAAAAAUGAUGGAUAAAUGGAUAGAGCACUUUACUCUUCUGUAUGGUCGACCUCUUUCUGUAAAUGGUCGACCAUUUUGGUAAUGACCACAAUCAAGUGGUCGACCUCAUUACUUUUACGGUCGACCAGUUUGCUUCAGACUGCGGGGUCGUUUGGAAGUUGCGGAUGUUAAAUCGUUGCAUUGUAAUGAAUCACCAUAAUAUAAAUGCAUGUAUUGAUACAAUGGAUGCAUUUUAACAAUACAUUGUUUGGUUGUUGAGAUUCUACUUUAUGCAUUGAUCUACAUAAAGUUACUUUUAUGGGGAAAUGUCAUAUUUACCCUCAACUUUUAGUAUAAGACAAAAACUAUUAGCGACAUAAAUGGAAAGAAAAAGUUGACACAAAUCUAAAAGCAACAAUCACAACAAUCUCAACUUUAGUUUGUGGGACCUACCUAAAACAAUGCACGUUUUACAAACACAACUCUAACAAUCAUAACUUCCAAACGACCCCUACAAUGAAAAGGGCGACCCAUAUGUUAUUGUGGUCGACCGGUAAUGUCACAACUUAACACAAAAUGAUCGACCACUACGUUUCAAAGGUCGACCGUGAUAAGUCAUCAUAUUAUCCACAUUAGUGUAUUCGGUCGAUCGCGGUUAGCAAUCAGAUCAACCGAAAAGUGCAUGUUACGGUAACAGGCAUAAAACAUUAUUACACACCAACUCUUAUUUUUUUUAUAAAUAAAGAAGGAAACGAUACAAAUGCACCGAAAGAUAGGUGCACAACCACAAAUAGUAUUAGCAACUUUAGCAUGCGGAGUGCGGACACACAACUUAAUAGGUUACCACACCAUGCCUAUACUUAAAAAACUCUGCUCGUUUAAGAGCAGGAACUAUAAUAAAUCUCUUUUCUCUCUGCUCUAACGUAUAUAUACAUGUAUAUCACGAAGCAUUUGAUCAAACUACACCUAAAAAAAGAACACAUUUAGAUAUGGCAAUGGCAGCAGCAUUACAAGUCUCAUUUUCCCACUUCAUAAUACUACUAAUCUUCACAUCAUCUCUCAUAACCCGCUCCUCCACAGCCACACCACCGUCGGAAUGCCGCCUGAACUUCCCCGACCAAGCCGUCCCCACGAAGUCCGGCUACAUUCCGGUCAAUCCCGGCCGCUCGAACUCCGCCAUGUUCUACGCAUACUACAAAGCCCAGCACCCACAUCCGGGCCCAUCGUCACAGACCCCAAUCCUCAUCUGGCUCCAAGGCGGCCCAGCCUGCUCCUCCAUGCUGGGCAACUUCUUCGAGAUCGGCCCAUACCGAGUUUCCCAAUGUCACGAUGGAAAUCGAAACGACGUCUUCCUGAAACCCAAUCCGGGUACCUGGAACCGGAUAUUUGACUUGCUGUUCCUGGAUAACCCGAUUGGGUCCGGGUUCAGCGUUGCUUCCGACCCGGCAGAGAUUCCCAGAGACCAGGACGCCGUCGCCAAGCACCUUUACGCAGCCAUAACCGGGUUUCUCGAAUUGUACCCGGCGUUCAGGAGCCGUCAGAUUUACAUCACCGGAGAGAGCUACGCCGGGAAGUUCAUUCCUUCAAUUGGGUACUAUAUCGUGAAGCAGAACGAGCAACAGCCGGCUUCGAAACGGGUGAAUUUGAAAGGGAUUGCAAUUGGGAACGGGUUGACGGAUCCUGUGACUCAAGUUACCACUCCUGCUUCGACGGCCUAUAAUGUAGGUCUGAUAAACGAGAGGCAGAGGAGCGAGUUGGAGCAAGUUCAAUCGGCUGCGGUGAAGUUGGUCGGGAUGAAGAAAUGGGUGCAGGCUGCGAAUGCUGCAACUAGUGGUGUGAGUUUGAUGAUGAACAUGACAGGUUUGGCCACAGAUUACGAUUUCACCAGGAAAAGGCCUUACGAGCAAUACCUGGUGACGCGAUUGUUUCGAUCCAAAGAUGCGAAGAGGAAGAUGGGCGCCAACGCAUCGAUAGAGUUCAACGUGUGCAGCACCAAGGUCAGGGCUAUGUUGAAUGGCGACGUGAUGCAGAGUGUGAAGUCGAAGGUUGAGGAGUUGCUGGUGAAGAAAGUGGGCAAGGUGUUGCUGUUUUCGGGGAAUUUGGAUAUAAGGCUGGGUGUGGCGUCCAAUGAGGCCUGGAUCAGGACGAUGAAUUGGGAUGGAAUUGAGAAUUAUAUGAAGGCUGAGAAGAAUAUAUGGAGGGUGAAAGGGAAAGGGAGUGAGCUAAGUGGGUAUGUUCAGAAGUACGAGAGCUUGACAAGCGUCGUGUUAAUGGAAGCUGGGCACAUGGCAACUGCUGAUCAAACUGUUAACUCACAGGCCAUGAUUGAAGAUUGGGUUCUCGAUAAAGGACUAUUCGGUAACAAAAGUGAGUAACUUUUCACAGCACAAUACAAUUGGGAAUACCCAAAUCUGAAACUCUGUAAUUUCAUUUCCUCAGUUUCAAUUCAGUCGAAUUAAACCCUCGCAAAAUGUAACACCAGAGAUGCAAAUCAAUAAACCCUAAUUUCAGAA